CUCUGCGCAUCUUCUCUCUCGCUCAUCAUCCCGUCACUGGAAACUUUCAGAAACAGAGAGAGAGAGAGAGAGAGAACGUAGCGCGUUACGUAACGUAGCUGAUCCAAAACCUUGGGCGAAAUGGCCGCUCCUCCGAUCCAGCAAGAAACGGUGCCGUGGCUGCUGGAGAACGGCAGCUACAAGGUGCUGACGAAGGAGGCGCGUCAGGGUCACGGCCACAGCCACCACGGCCGGACGGCGCACAACAUGUCCUCCUCCUCCCUCCGCAAGAAGUCGGACCUCACGCUCGUCUCCAAAGUGCAGUGCGGCCUGCUCCGCUCCUUCCUCACCAAUCUCCAGGAAGUCAUUCUCGGCACCAAGCUCUCCAUUCUCUUCCCCGCCAUCCCGCUCGCCAUCGCCGCCAACUACUGCAACUUCGGACGGCCGUGGAUUUUUGCUCUGAGCUUGCUGGCGCUCAUGCCGCUUGCAGAACGUGUCAGCUUUUUGACAGAGCAAAUUGCUUACUUUACUGGUCCAACAGUUGGAGGGCUGCUGAAUGCAACAUGCGGGAACGCGACGGAGCUAAUCAUCGCCAUAUUCGCACUGUGCCAGAACAAAAUAGACGUGGUGAAAUUCUCCCUCCUUGGUUCCAUUCUCUCCAACCUCCUCCUUGUCCUCGGCACCUCUCUCUUCUGCGGCGGCCUUGGCACCCUCGGCAAGCAGCAAAAAUACGAUAGGAGACAAGCAGAUGUGAACAUGUUGCUGCUGUUCUUGGGGCUGCUGUGCCAAUUGCUGCCACUGUUGUUCCGGGUGGCUGGAGGCUACACCACUGUCACAACCGUCGCUGCCCUUCAGCUGUCGAGAGCAAGCAGCAUCGUCAUGCUCGUUGCUUACGUGGUUUACAUCGUGUUCCAGCUGUGGACACAUCGCCAGCUCUUUGAAGCAGACGAGGAAGCAGGAGAGGGUCAGGAAGAAGAGACGCCUGUGAUUGGAUUCUGGAGCGGGUUUGUCUGGCUGGUGGGGAUGACCAUUGUGAUCGCGCUUCUGUCGGAAUACGUUGUGGCCACCAUCGAGGAUGCUUCCAACUCAUGGGGUCUUUCAGUUAGCUUCAUCAGCAUCAUUCUGCUGCCGAUUGUUGGCAAUGCUGCUGAACACGCGGGUGCUAUCAUCUUUGCCUUCAAAGACAAGUUGGACAUAUCCCUUGGAGUUGCUCUGGGUUCUUCCUGUCAGAUUUCCAUGUUCGUGAUUCCAGUGUGCGUGAUUGUUGCUUGGAUAGCUGGGAUUGACAUGGAUCUGAACUUCAACACAGUGGAGACAGGGUGCCUUGCCGUUGCAAUCAUUACCACAGCCUUCACUUUACAGGAUGGGACCUCCAAUUACUUGAAAGGUUUGAUCUUGCUGCUCUGCUACGUCGUUAUCGGAGCUUGCUUUUUUGUCACCACCACACCUCUAAACCAAGGGAAUCCCAUGAAGGGUUCGGUAGUGAAUUUGGGAACCAGCGGCAGUUUGGCAGCUUAAUUUGCAUUCUGGUGUUGAUGUUAGAAGCUGAUUACGCCGGCGGAAACAGAUAGAUAAAUAUGUAUUCUUUUAUUGCCGAUCGAUCUGUAGCUAGCUCGAGUCGGUCGGUUUGUGUUGUUCUGUCUGAAAGCUGCUACACCGCUCAAGAAAAAUAUGUACGGGUGGCUUGGUGAGGACGGACGAAAGCAAAUCGAUCUCUACCACUGUCCCGAACGGAAUAUAAUACUGGGAACGAGAUUGAGAACCAUCCGUCUCUGCUGCUGCCGCGACCAUGGCCAAUCGUUUGGUUGUUGUUUUUGGUUCUUCUCUCCCUUUUACUUGAUAUCCUGUCUGUUGUACUUGUAUCUAUAUUUUCAUUUUGUCAAUAAAUGGAAAUCAGAAUGUCCACGUUCUUUCGUAUUCCUCCCUUCCAUUAAUGGUACCAUUAAAUUUUGAGAAUGGGU